AAUGACGUAGACCAACAUCCUCAACCGCCACCACAAACCCCACCCAUCACUUCCCGGCAAAGUUUUAGUCAUUUUCCAUUUUCUUUUUCCUGAUGGAAGACGACCCUUUUCUUGCUUCCCAAACAGGGCCCCAACUCCAACCCAUUCCCGAAGACGACCCUUCCGAUGUCUCCUCUUUCACCUCAUCACCUGAAAUCCAAGAAUGCCACCCUCAGGUCGGAUCUUCCAUUUCCCACUUCAAGAAAUCUGGUUCUCUUCAUCGCUGCAGAACGGCUCCGGCCAUGGUCAUCAUGGGGGACCCCAAGCCCAGAUCCCCCCAAGUGCCUAAACCCCAGUCCGAAUCAAGAUUCAUCAUCAGGCAAGCUGUUUUUCUGCUUACCAUUUACUUAGUACUUGGUGUGGUUAUAUAUUCGUUUAAUAGAGAUAAAUUCUCUGGAAUUGAAACCCACCCCGCAGUCGAUGCUCUGUACUUCUGUAUAGUCACCAUGUGUACAAUAGGGUACGGCGAUAUUACCCCCUUGACGCCGGCGACCAAGAUUUUCGCUUGUGUUUUUGUCUUGGUGGGUUUUGGGUUUAUAGACAUUUUGCUGAGUGGGGUUGUGAGUUAUGUUCUUGAUUUGCAAGAAAGCAGGAUCUUGACCGGAAUUCAGACGGGGAAAACACAAGGGGGAUUUUCCGCUCGGGAUUACAUUGUCGAUGUGGAAAAAGGGAGGAUGAGGAUAAGACUCAAGGUGGGGGUGGCACUUGGGGCUGUGGUGCUGUGUAUUGCGGUGGGAGCUUCUGUUCUGUUCUUCGUGGAGGGGUUGGAUUGGAUCGACUCUGUUUAUUUGUCGGUUAUGUCGGUUACUACAGUUGGGUAUGGGGACCGGGCCUUUCAGACCCUGCCUGGAAGGCUGUUUGCGGCUGCCUGGCUUCUGGUUUCGACACUUGCUGUGGCCAGGGCUUUUCUGUAUUUGGCAGAGGCGAGGAUUGACAAGAGCCACAGGACAAUCGCUAAGUGGGUGUUGCAGAGAGAAAUCACAGUUCAGGAUUUGCUUGCUGCUGAUAUAAACAACAAUGGUUUUAUCAGUAAAUCAGAAUAUGUUGUUUACAAGCUGAAGGAGAUGGGGAAAAUUGGGGAAAAAGACAUAUUGCAGAUCUGUAACCAGUUCAGUAAGCUGGACCCCAACAACUCUGGAAAGAUAACGUUACUUGAUCUGUUAGAAAAUCGCUUGUGAGUUGUGACCAUGAAUGGAGACUAGUUGCUGGCAUUCUUUCAAUUAGCUAGAUUAGCAAGAUUCUAUGAUCUUAUUCAUGGGAGAAGGUGAAUAUAAUUGUAAAUGCACUGAACGUCAGUGUCCUCCUGCAAUAAACCUUCCAGAUUCAUCGAUGUUUCACACUCAGCAGAAGCUUAUUACAGAUAGAAUGCAAUGUCAAGACAGGCUUUUUCAUGGGAUGAUACAUUCAUGUAGAAAAAUUAAAUCCUGAAACCUUACCACUCCUUCUGAUGAUCAGCUGUUGUAAAAAGAGAAAGGCAAUCAGAUGACUGCAAUUCUUUGGAAUUUUGAAUUAUAAAAUUCUUCAGUCAUC